AUGGUAAACUUCCGCAUCGACGUCGUCUCAGACACCGUCUGCCCCUGGUGCUACGUCGGCCGCAAGCAAGUCCAGCGAGCCCAGGCAAUCUGGCAGCAGCGCUACCCUUCAUCCACCGACACCUUUUCCGUCAAGUACGCGCCCUACCAGCUCAACCCAGACUCGCCCCGAGGCCCUGGCAACAGCCGCGACAAGCACGAGUACUACCUGCAGCGUUUCGGCCCGGAGCGCACCGCCAUGAUCCACGAGCGCCUGACCGGCGUGGGCAACGCCGUCGGCAUCAACUUCAAGUACGGCGGCAAGCUGGGCAACUCGCGGGACUCGCACCGCCUGGUUCACCUCGCCAAGAAGUUUGGCGACGACACGGAGCUCAAGGUCGUCGACGGGCUGUUUGCCGCGUAUUUUGAGAAUGAAAAGGACAUCACCAGCUACGAGACUCUCGAGGAGGUCGCUGUAGGAGCUGGCAUUCCUGAGGCUGACUUCAAAAAGGCCAUUGUGGAGAGUGAUGAGGGCGGCAAGGAGGUUGAUGAGCUGGCUGGAAGUGCGAGGUACAGGGGCAUCAGCGGCGUUCCGGAUUACACGAUUCAGGGCAAGUUUAAGCUGAGUGGCGCUCAGGACGCGAUGGAGUUUGUCAACGUCUUUGAGAGGGUAAAGGCUCAGGAGCACUCAUAA